CCCCCCAACCUCUUUAUAGGCCAAAAGCUGUCCUCGCCGAUUUGUCGUACAUAUCGCCGGAACCUAAAAUAUUCUUUUCCCAUUUUAACCUUGUCUCUCUCUAAAAAUUUCCCUCCAUCAUCCUUGCUCAUUCUCUCUCUUUCUUUUUUUUUUUCAUUUCGCUAAAUAAUUAAAAAAAAAAGCAAUAAAAUCCAGAGAGAUAAAAAGGAAAAAUUAUAAAAAUAAAAAAUAAAAAAUGGUUAGCUAGCUAUAGCGCUUAGCUCCAUUUCUGAAAUAGAAAGAUUAAAAUUUAUAACCGAAAAAAAAAAAAAAAACCCAAGAGAAAACCCUAGAUUUUUGGGGGACAUAGGGGCCAUUUACGUCAUUUCACGCUAUGAAUCGGCGAUAACGAUGGCGAUUAAUAUCACCAGCAAAUAAGAAGAAGAAGAAGAAGAAGAAGAGGAGAAGAGAUAUUAAUAAGAUGUACAGAGGAGAGAGAGCGGCCGGUGGCUCCAAGGGAGAGUUGGGGUCUGUAGAUCGGAAACGAAUCAACGAGGCGCUUGAUAAGCAGUUGGAACGAUCGUCACCGUCGACUUCGAGGGCGACCAACGGCAAGGAUAAGUCCGCACAUUCCCUUCUCGUGGGGAAACAUCCACCUGAUCAUCAUCGCGACUCUCGCUCCACUUCUCUAUCCAAAGCAAACGCCUCACAUGUCGCAGAUGAAUCCGAAACCGACACUGAAGAGUCAGAUGUUAGUGGUUCUGAUGGGGAUGACACGUCCUGGAUCUCAUGGUUCUGCAACCUACGAGGAAACGAAUUCUUUUGUGAAGUUGAUGAUGACUAUAUACAAGAUGAUUUUAACCUUUGUGGUCUAAGCAGCCAAGUUCCUUAUUACGAUUAUGCGCUUGAUUUGAUUUUGGAUAUUGAAUCUUCUCAUGGAGAUAUGUUUACAGAGGAGCAAAAUGAAUUAGUUGAAUCUGCAGCUGAAAUGCUUUACGGUCUGAUCCAUGCUCGGUUCAUAUUGACAAGCAAAGGAAUGGCUGCUAUGCUAGACAAGUACAAGAGCUAUGAUUUUGGUAGAUGCCCAAGAGUUUACUGCUGUGGCCAACCGUGCCUUCCAGUUGGUCAAUCAGAUUUCCCUCGGUCAAGCACCGUAAAAAUAUUCUGCCCUAGAUGUGAAGAUAUCUACUACCCUCGGUCUAAGUAUCAAGGCAACAUUGACGGAGCCUACUUUGGGACCACAUUCCCUCACCUGUUCCUCAUGACAUACUCGCACCUGAAGCCACUAAAGGCAUCACAAAUCUAUGUUCCAAGAGUAUUCGGGUUCAAGCUCCACAACCCAUAAUACUGGGAUUAAAAAAGCUUCCUCAUGAGUUUGUAUUCCCUAGCUUCUAUUUUGGAAGUACCACUCUCAAAAAAUCAGGUGUAGUUCGAUAGCCUUUCAAGUAAUCAUGUUUUAGGUCCUUUUUCAUAUGUUGUAAAUGGAAUUACCAUAAAGCAUAUGUGCAACCAGCAAGUAUUAAUUUUCAAUUUUAUCAGCCUUCCCACUCGGCUUCUUCAUCCGAAAA